AUGGAGGUCGGUGGUGAAUCGUCCGCCGUGCGCCCCGCCGGCGGCGACAGCUCCAGCUGCUCAGGUACCCACUCGUCCACCUACACACCCGGGGCGUCUCCCGUCUCCUCCUCCUGCGGCUUCCAUCCGCCUGGCGCUUCGGAGCUGGACGAGGAAGCAAGAGCCAAGAAGCUCGGCCAUGUUAGGGGCCUGCUGGAGGAAUUCUGUAGCCACGCCGGCGCGAAUGUGGAAGCCCUUAUCGAGAGGUGGCUCUCGGAGAUGGACGCCGCCUGGGUUCACCUCGCUGGCCACGAUUCGCGGCAGCUCCCGCAGCUAACUCGCAGCUGGAUCCUGGCUCUACGCGACAUCAAGGACUCCAUCUUCGCGUACAUCGACGGAUUGUGCGGCGAGGACGACAGCACUAGUCACAGUCAGCCAGCUCUUUCUGAGUUCUCACGGUUUGUCGAAUCCACAAUCCUGAAGAUGCUCCCCUUUGUUGACGUCAUUGUUGCUCUGAAUAAUACUGUAGCUAGCUCUGGCAGCGAACACAUUGUCGCAGCAGCAGCUGAGACUCAGACGAAGCUCCAGGCACUGAUACAGGUGCGUGACGCUCUCUCCACGGCCUCCGAAGAGAUCCAGUUCUGGCCCCAUUCCUCGCUCUACUACCAAGAAUCCACACGGAUGGUCGACGACAUGAGCGACCUCUUGUCAUCGCAGCUGGGCAAGCUGGACAAGGCCAUAUGGGACACGGUGGACGAGAUCAGGAAUGGCAUCAUGGACGCCAGCAGAGCAGCAGCAGCCUGCUUGUCACCGGACAUCCACGAGCUCACUCGCUCCGUGAUCAGCUGCAUCAAGCUCCUGGACACGAAUUACGUGCUGCUGAGCCGCAUCGCGUACGAAGCGGCCCGGCAUGGCACCUUCGUGCCUGAGAUCAAGAACAAAGCCCCUCUCACCAGCCUCAUCAUUGAGAUGUUCUCCUGUCUGGAAGGAAAGCUCGUCGCAAUGUUGCAGUCGUUCCAGCAUGACAGCCUUGGGUUCCUGUUCUUGAUCAACAAUUCGCACUUCGUGUGGCAGCAGCUCCAUCCGAUGUUCGAUCUGGAGUUCCCCAUGGCAGUCCUCAAUCGCAGGAUCGCCGACUACAUACAGAGCUACCUCCAGGUGUCCUGGGGCCCGGUCCUGUCAUGCCUGUACAAUGAUCCCAGACCUCUGCGCUUGGGGAGAUACCGGUUCGGGUUUGAGUUCCAGAAAGUGCACACCACCCAAAGGCUGUGGAAGGUCCCAGACCCUGAGCUGAGGGCAAGGCUGCGGAAAGCUAUCGCCAAGAAGAUCACUUCAGGCUAUGCGAAAUUCUUGGAGGAUAACCGUGCCACCACCACCCCGAGAGUCACUCCACAGGAGCUUGAUGAGAUGGUGCAAGAGAUUUUCGAAGGGUAG